AUGCCGUUCAAGCGCUCACUCGCCUCAUACCCGGGCGUGCCCCCAACGGCGCGCAGUAGACCGACACUCCUGCAUGAAGGGUUUGCCUUAACUCCACCGACCCUGACCAUUGUAGACAGGCCGGCCUCCGCGGCAUCGGUCACUGCUCCCCACACUCCGGGCGGAGGGCCACGGGACAGGGGCUCGGGAGAACCCAAGCCUUACGGCAGAGGGUCGGCAGAGGCAGCCAUCGCCGCGGCACAAGACCCGCAAGCAUGCAGAGCGGAGCUGUCGAAAGACAUCAUGGCGGAGUCGACCAAAGGUCCGGCCGCAUCACGUCAGAAACUUUGGGCUACGCUGGCCGUGACCGCAGGAUGGUCAGACCCCUUCCACUUGGACCCAAACAUGAUCUUCACCGUCAUGGGGGCUCUCAAGACUGGAGGGUAUCGAUCAGCACAGCUCUACCUGGACACUGCGAAGAACUGUCACAUUGCCCUCGGUCAGCCAUGGGAUUGCCAGCUUCAACAAGCCUACCGGUCCGCCGUGCGCAGUUGCAAGCGCGGCAUUGGACAUCCCAAGCAGGCGGCUCACCUCCCUUUGGUACAGGUAGCCGAGUUGUUGGGCGACAGUGCUCUAGCCCCAGGCGGUCCAACACAGCCAGUGUCAGCGACCAUACUCGCAUCAUGGUGGCUUUUGCGUGAGAUUGAGGCAUCUCGGGCACGCCGCAAACACGUGACCAUCGAGAUAGCCACACUCAAAGCAUCAUGGCGACUACCUAGUUCGAAGACGGAUCAGGCAGCCCUUGGAGCGACGCGGUCACAUACGUGCGCAUGCUCCGUGCACACCAAGAGGUUGUGCCCUUUCCACGUACUUUUGGAACAUUUGGACAGGCUGCCGGACGGACCCGAACAACUUCUUUUCCCAGCUGAAGACGGAUUGGAAUCCACCAAGAAAGGUUGGGCCGAUACCUUUGAGGCAAUCGCCAAACGGCUUCAGUUGCCCACGGUGCACGACAACGGGGCAAGAGCGUACACUGGACACAGCGCCAGAGUUACCGGAGCCCGGUUCAUGGCCAUGCGCAACAUUGAGUUGUGGCGAAUUCAGCUGUUCGGCCGAUGGGGGUCGGAUGUGUUCUUACAUUACAUCCAAGAUGCCCCAGUCGCGCAACUGGACAGACUGGCACUAGAAUCGACCGCGGCCAUGUCGGUGCGCAAAGCCCAGGAGGAACUCAGCACACUCCAACAACGCAUCAAGGAUUGCAAAGCAACCUUCAUGCCUCCGGAAUCGCAAAUGUUGGAAGAUUGCGAAGCCUCAGUGCACCUCAGUGUGCCCGAUGAAAAUCUGCCAGGAAACUACCGGCUCUUCUAUGGCUUCGUGUCUACCACGGGUGCUCUCAACGUGCUGGUCUUAGCCACCGCAGUGGCACAGAUAGCCUUACGCCCCUUGGAGUGA